AUGCCUCUAGCGACACUUCACCUCAUAUCACUCGACCCAUCCAGCAGCAUUGAUUCUUUUCUGACCUCUCUCAAAUCCACGUCGGUCAAACCUCUCGCCGUCUCCAAAGUGAUCCGUUGGAUCAUCACCCCGACCGAGAUUGAAGCCGACGCACUCCUCCGCCCGUCUCGACCGUGGGACUUGUUGCUCAUCGUGCUCGGCGGUGACCCCCUCCCCGACAGUCUCACCUCACAGGUCGCUUGCCACUGGUCCGCCGUCACGGGGAUCCCAUCGCGCUUGACCAAAGACUUCGCCUCGACCAACGACGCCAUCCUCCACCCUAGCCCGUCAUCCGUGCCGCCCCUCACGGGGGCCCUCGACAGGCCACGACUGGGGUCGUCUUCUCAGACGCUCGAAAUGUCUCCGGACUUGUUGAACUGGAUCAAGUCUUUCCGAACCACGAAAGCGGGUUCGUCACCUCUGUCCAUGCUCAACCUACUCGCCUUCAAGCCGGGUCUCAAGGAUUCGUACCUCAAGUACGGCAAGGCGUUCGCCGAGAGCAUCGGGUCCAGACGUGGAGGCAACGCCAAACUCGUAGGGAACAUCGUCCCCCAGGCUCCUCCCGCGUCUCAACCGUCCCGGAAAGGUUGGGACGAGUUCGCCCUCGCGUCUUACCCCUCCAUCUCUCAUUUCGCAGACAUGUUGGCAAGCGAAGACUAUCAGGCCGUGAACCUCAAGUACCGUGUCCCCGCGUUGGAGGACACCUUGAUCUUGUGUACGAGUGAGAUUGAGAUUGAGAGCAUCGCCCAAAAAGACAAGAGAGCGUCUAAAUUGUAA